GUCUCUUAUUGGUUCUUCUCCGAUGUGGAUUCGUUCCUAAUAUUUAACUUAACGGGCGACUGGGUCUUAGGGAUCUUAAUGGGCGAAAGGGCAAGGAGUGUUGGGCCCACAAAUUUAGGGUGUCCCGUAGACGACGGUCGGCGAAGGGGGCGUGUGGGUUUAGGUGGCCGGAAGCACAUUCGGAAGGGCAAGCCAAGGCAGGGGGGAUGACGGCGGCACCGCUGCAGUGGGUGGCGCUGGCGCAGGCGCGGGCCAGGAUCUUCGGACACGUCCUGAAUCCUUUGGGGAAGCGGUCCCCUCACAAGAUCCUCCGGAAGAAGCCCAUCGGAGACAAGGUCGCCCAGUGGUACCCUUACGACAUCAAGAAUGACGAUCCCCUCGUCCUCGUUCGCGAGGAGAAACUGUUAUGCGAGACAAGGUCCGUCGCCGUGUGGUAUUCCGUGCAUUCUCGUGCAUCGUCAACUCGUGGCCGUCCGUGGUUGGUCUGAUUUGAUCCUUAGGACUUCUCGGCGAUGACUUGCCCCUCGGCGGCACCAACGGACACGCUCCCGCCCCUUAGUCUGCUCCCAUAUCAUCUCCAAGGAAUCGGGUGGGAGAGAAUGGUGGAGACGGAGUCUUGCGCGAAGGUUCAACAUCCAUGGGUGAACGUGAUUUUGUUGAUAAAGACAAGCUGAUACUAAGGGGCUUGCAGUUUCAUGGAUUUCAUGGUGUGAAACUGGAGGAAAAGAAGCUUGGUCAAAAGUUUGUGAUCGAUGUGGAUGCUUGGAUGGACUUGAGCAAUGCUGGUAAAUCUGAUGACAUUUCUGUCACAGUCAGCUAUACUGCUAUUUACCGGAUAGUGAAGGAAGUGGUGGAGGGUCCGUCUCAGAAUCUGCUGGAGUCGGUAGCUCACUUGAUUGCAAAUACCACGUUACUACAAUUCCCUCAGAUAUCUGCUGUGAGGGUGAAGGUGGGGAAGCCUCAUGUGGCCGUUCGUGGCACCAUCGACUACUUGGGCGUUGAAAUCCUCAGAUACAAAAAAGCGUCCUCUGUGGAUUAAGAGGCUCUGCCAAACCAUGGAUGUGUUGAUGAUGAUGCGAUCGGUCCUUAUCGAAAGGUAUGUAUGUAUCUAUCUAUCUAUUAUAUCAUCGAACAUUUGUUUUGACUUGCUGGCCACGCACGUAGUGGGCAGGGUGUCUUUAAAAGUCGUGUUGCUGAACCACCGUGAAUCCCAGUCGAUCGAUUGAUCCUUCUUGUUGAUCGAUCGGCUAAUAAAUAAGAAACAAAGGACCAAUUCACCCGGUUU